AUGACAUAUCCCGAUGGCGGUCUUCAGGCAUGGCUCGUCGUCCUGGGCUCCUGGGCUUGUAUGAUCCCCUCCAUGGGUCUUCUCAACACCAUGGCUGUGUUGCAGGCAAGACUCUCGGAGAAUGAGCUACGAAACCUACCAGAAUCAACCAUUGGCUGGAUUCUGAGCAGUUACGCCUUUUUCUUAUACUUUUGCGGCGCCCAAGUUGGGCCUAUUUUUGAUGCAUACGAUGUCAGAGUCCUCGUGAUACCGGGAAACAUUGGCAUCGUCGUGUCCAUGAUGCUAAUCGGACUAUGUAAAGAAUUCUAUCAAUUCUUCCUCUGCUUCGGCCUCCUAGGCGGUGCCUCUGCCUCCCUCCUUUUCAAUCCCGCCAUCGCCAUCAUCGGCCACUAUUUCGAUAAACGCCGUGCCCUCGCCACCGGCAUCGCCUGUACCGCCGGCGGUCUCGGCGGCAUCAUCUUCCCUCUCAUGAUCCUCUACAUCACUCCUGAGAUUGGCUUCGCCUGGGCUACCCGCUUCAUCGGCUUCAUUUGCCUCGCCAUGGGAGGCAUCUCCAUCACCUUUAUGAAAAAGCGACUGCCUCACAACAAGAACACCAGCAUUAGCCCCGGCAGUGCUAUUGACUUGAAGGCUCUUCGUGACCCUAAAUACGCCCUUACUACCCUUGCCGUUUUUCUGGUUGAAUUCGCCGUGUUCAUCCCCUACACUUACAUCUCCUCCUACGCAAUCCACGCCGGCAUGCCUACCCAGCGAGCCUAUCUCCUCAACGCUCUUGUGAAUGUCGGAGCAAUUCCUGGCCGUGCUCUGCCAGGAUUUGCUGCCGAUCGCUUUGGUGCUUUCAACGUCUUGGCCCUCACAUCUACUACUUGCGCAGCCCUAAUCUUUGCGUUGUGGUACACUGCCGGCACCAACGAGUCUGCCAUCUACUCUUUUACUGUGCUCUAUGGCUUCUGGUCCGGAGCUGCGAUUAGCAUUACGCCAGUUUGUAUCAGCAGGGUAUGCAACAUCGAAGACAUUGGCAAGCGGACUGGCACAGCCUUUUUCAUCGCAAGCUUUGGUGUUCUCAUUGGCCUUCCUAUUGCGGGCGCUAUUCUGCGAGCAGACAGCGGCUCUUAUGACGGCGUCAUUAUAUUUGCGGGUGUCUUUUACGCAGCGACUGUUUUCACGCUUUACCUUGCUCGAGGUGUGGCGGCUGGCUGGGGACUCAAGGUUCUCUUUUGAACCAGCACUAAUCGCUUGAUCUCGAAUUGGAGUUUGGUGAAAGCGAACAUGAGCGUUUCAUUUUAAUUCUCUUAGUCUAUUAUACAUCAAAACU